AUGUCUGCUCACAGAUCUUCCAGUGUGGCCACUCGCUUACUGACACCAUCCGAAUUGGACAGCGGCUCUGAGUCUGAGUUGGCCUCCAGCUUAGAUGCCUCGUCGCCACCAACACAAGAUCCAAAGGCCAAGUCUAAAGCAAAGCAUAACAACACGGUAAAUAACCAAAGGAAAGGCAGCAUCACCGCGAGGGAACAGUGCUUGCACUUUGCACGCUGGAUCCCUCGUGCCAUCGAUAUGUUUUGUAGCUUAACUGAUACAUUCCGUAUUGCGAUGCUAAUGGAAGAGGAAGAGGCUUCUAAGGUGUCGGGUCACUCAGAAGAUGAAGAUGUCAAGGCGCAGCGAGACCAAGUCCUGUCUUACGUGGGUAAAGAUGCCCAAGAACGACACAUGAGAAAUUACUCAAAGAUCUUACUUGGAGCCCCAUACUUGCGCAAACUUGCGCAUGGAAACGUCAAACAACAGACGGAGCUGCACGCUAUCCUUACCGAUGUAGGGAUUCAUUUCUGGCUGGGCUUGUAG